ACGCCAGGCCGUACCCGCGCUGCCCACAACCAAGAUGGCGCAGGUUGUCAUGCCGACGGGCCUAGCGAGGCUUGAAGCCUGAGUCUGAAGUAAGAGCAAGGUCAGAGCUCGUUGCGGAAUUACCUCAGGUCGUGGCCGUUUCCAUUCGCUCAGACUGCUACUUUGGAGCCCUGCUGCUCCAUUUGGGGUUUCUAACAGUUCACCGAUGGCACAUUCUCUACGAGUGAGUGAUGGCUUCCUACAACAGCUUGACCUCGUACUCAAAGAUGAUCAUUCUUUGCCCAUGGAUCUGCAUGCUGAACUCAAAUCCUGCUUCACAGGAACGAAACCCACCCCCACGAUUCCUUUCACCCUCCUGAGAAAACUCCACAUAUUCUUGGAAACAAAAGGGUUCCCUGUGUAUCUUCACGAACUUCUGGAGGGUGCAGAAAUAUUUACACCAGAAGUGAAGCUGCCUGAGAGGAACCCGCAGCUGGUGGCCAGAUUGGACAAGAUCAAAGCAAAGAUGGCAAAUGAAGAGUACAGACGGAUCACCAGAAAUGUCAACUGCCAGCAGAUAAACCGAUACGGCACAAUUGGAGAUGUGGGAAAGCAAGUGCGAUCCGCUAAGGCCGUGGUGGUAACCAUCUUUAACUUCUUGGUGACGGUGGUGGCAGCGUUUGCCUGCGCCUACCUCGGUAGUCAGUACUUGUUCACGGAGCCGGCUGCGUGUGUUCUCAGUGGACUCAUUGUUGCCUCAGUGGUGGGGUUGGCUGAGCUCUACGUGCUCGUGCGCACCAUGGAAGGAGAACUGGGGGAGAUGUAGCGGGCACGGAUCCCCCGGCUGUGGUCUCGUCGGACCAGCUACAUGUUUCACCACAAGGUCUGGCUGGAAUCUGCUUUGUGCGGCUCUCACCCUGCGGGAAUGCUGGAAGCUCUCUACCUACAAAUAUUGACUCUGCAAACACCUUUGUUGUACAUUAUCUGUACAUGUUCUUGUGCUGUGACCAAGGUUUAUUUGUUGUUCAUGUGUUACUUUAUGAGUAUGUAAGGAAUAAUUAAGUUGAUGUGUGCCUGUCCAGUCCAGGUAUGAACCACUCUCCCACAAAGAACAUUGAUGAGCAAGUUGUGUCUUCUGACAAUCGGCUUGCUUUGUUCUCAAUAUUCUUUAGCUGAAUUUAAUUUCACAAUGUGUAUAACCCUCUAUCUGUUGAUUACAUAACUAGUGCCACAAUCAUGACAAAAUGCCCCAAAGCACUGCUCAGAUCUGAAACAAAACCAGAGAAUGCAGGAGAUACUCAGCAGGUCAGUCAGCAUCUGUGGAAAGAGGCUUAUUAUGAUUUCACUUCAAAGUCUUUUUGACUGACUGGGAUUGGGAAAGCGCGGGUAUAUCUGUGAAGGGAGUGCGCAAUUUGUUGGCGUAAGGGGGAGGCAAGUGGGGUGCUGGUAAUUAUCUCCUCUUUGUAUCUUUCCUGGAGAAGCAAUGAUCAGGAACCCAGGAGAAACUAGAAUCGCCAAAUCUUCCUGAACCUCUCUCAGCCCACCCAAAGACCUAUUGUCUAUAGAUACCUUGAGUUAGUCACAGUGUUUCAUUCUUGCGAAGCAACCCGUGUGUGAUGGAGUGUGGUGAUUCUGACUGAGAUUGUAUACCUGUAACUUUUCUUGAGUUUGCUGUUGCGUAUGUGUCCACUUAUGUUAAAGAACAUCUCGUGCUUGGUUGGGAAACUGGCUUGGUGAGAGGAAGGUGUCUCCCAGUGUGAACAACUCCAUUCACUGCACCCUAAGAAGGGUGAUGCAGAGUUACUGGCCUUGGGAACCUCAGCCUGAAGUACACACUGGUGGUUGACAGGUUCCAGCUGAAGCAAUAACUUUACACAUCGCACUUUACACACAGCUAAAUAUUCAAAGGUUAUUCACAGGAGCAAAUGUAAGCUGACACAGGGAGGAUGACCAAAAGCUUGGUAAGAGAAACAUCUUGAAGGGGGAAGAGGGAUAGAAACUGAGAGGUUUAGGAAGGAAAUUCCAGAGUUUAGGGCCUUGGCAACAGAACGUUGAAGGAUGGAAUUAGUGAAGGCUGCAGGGCCAGAGGGGGCUGGAGGAUGUAUGGACUUUGAAAAUGGAGACAUUGCUUCAUUGGGAGCAAGUGAUCUCAGAGCUAAGCAGUGUCCACCAUACAUUUGUAUGCAGAGUCGAAUGUGAGAACAUCACUCCCCUGAGAGGGAACACCUUGCAUGAAAUGGGCCCUGCAAAAAGAGUUGUCCCACUUCCUGGUUAGACUGGUCUCAUGGUAAGAUCUGGCCCUGGAGUUAGAGUGGGCACCAGAUAAGGCUUCCCUGUCAACUUGAAUAUUUGGAAUUGAAUAUUUCAGUCCAAAGACUUUAUUAAAUACAAAAUAAAUCUCAGUCAAACUUUGUAACUUGUGCCUUGUGUUGAGUGGAGUGAUUGACAUGCUAAAUGCAUUGCCUGUCACUCCCACAGAUGCAUGCAUGAGGAGUCUUGCGUCUGCGCAGUAAAACGCUCAGGCCACUUCUCCAUGAGAAUGGAGUUCCUGUAAUUGUUUCACUUGAACAAUGUUGGCAUUUGAUGGGACCUAGCAAUGUAACAUUGACCUCUGACAGUCCUGCAUUUUAAUAAUGACCACACUUAAAAAUUUGGAAUGAAGUUCAUUGAAUUUGCUUGAACAGAUGCAACCUGUGUCCUGGGAGUGUGUGAUGGAAUGGUGUAGAGGGAGCUUCACUCUGUAUCUGAUCCUUUUUCUGGCCUUUGUACUCCAGGCCCCCAUUUCGUGUGUUCUUUUUGUUGAUAUAUUUUUUUGUUUUUAAAUAUCUUUAUCAUGGUUUCAAACAUUACUAAAAAAAACGUAAUAUAGCAAUGCACACAAGUCCCAGACAUUCCAGCAUUCACCACCCUUUCCCUCUCCAGGAGCACUCUAGAACCAAGUCAUCGUGGCAGGGGCAAGCUGACGGUUACAUGGAAACAAAAUACGCCGUUAAAGUUAUUACUGAGUAAAGCUGUUCCUUGAUCUGUCCCAGUGCAGGGAGAGCAGGGUGGAUUUUUCAUACUGCCGUAAGGAAAACACAGCUCUCAGCUCGGAGGGAGUUGCCUGUCCUUCACUGGAGCUGCUCCGAGUCUGGUUAGUAAUUAGGGAGUAGGGAGCCUGCACGCAGAGGGGGGGGUCUCUGUCAGAGUGGCAGCUCGUGAGGCAGGCUCAGCACCGGUGGAUCUGAACACCACCAAGGCUCUUGGCCCAAACUCCCCGCAGACCUAUCGAGGAGUGGCUCAAGUGGGACCGUUCUGACUGAGCUGAUUCCCUCAGCUGCAUUCGCCCAUUGGAUCUCCUUGGGAGCUUUGAUCAAUUGUUUUUGAUCAACUCUUAAAAAAGCUCGACAGCAAAGCACAAUGGUCUUUCUGUAGGCAUUGCUCCUGAACUCUCUCAGCUUCUUCACCUAUUGCAGGGCGAGUCCCCAGUGGUGGUCACUCAACACAAGAGUCUUCCUCCUUCAUAUCAAGGACCUGAGCUGGAAAGUGUGCACUGAGCAGUAACACAGGUUUCUCAGCUGGUUCACUGACUCCCAGGCUGCCUGCAGUUGCUGCGGCCUGGAGUGUAAGGUUGCAGCCCCAAUUUGAAUGUUUGACGAUGCUGCUCCUCAAGUUCUGGUUGAACUUCAGCCUGUGGAGGAGGUUGAGGGUAUGUGGGUUGGGGCACCUCUCAUUGGCCUGCUCCUGAGCCUGGCUAAUGUAGCCAUUCACAGGUCCACACAGCGGGUUUUACAUUAACAAUUAUGUGAAUAUUGUAACGAUUGCAAAUAAAUAUUUUCUUUUUUUUUUAAA